GUUCAGCUUCAGCUCUGGAACUGGUUGGAGGGAGGGAUAGAGAUGGGAAGGAGGAUACUGAACGAUGCGCUUAGGGAAAUAGUGAAUGCGGAGAAGAGAGGCAAAGCGACGGUGGAACUUAAACCAGUCUCCACCGUCAUAUCUUCCUUUCUUAAUAUCAUGAAGUAUCGAGGAUACAUUAAGAAUUUUGAGGUUCACGAUCCACAUAGAGUGGGAAGGAUAACAGUUGAAUUGCAAGGUAGGGUAAAUGAUUGUCGUGCGCUCACUUACAGGCAGGACAUCAAAGCAAAGGAUAUCGAAAAAUACAAAACACUUAAACUUCCAACACGUCAGUGGGGUUAUGUCUUGAUUUCUACUUCAGAUGGUGUUUUGGAUAAUGAAGAAGCCAUUAGAAGGAAUGUAGGUGGGCAGGUUCUGGGUUAUUUUCAUUAGACUUGUUUAUCUUUCUGAACUUUCAAUCAAUAUCUAUCUAAAUUUGGUAUGAUUUAAAGACCGAAUAAUACAAUGUAACAUUUUUGGGUUUAAUGACCUAAUAUGUUUUGAUUUUCGUAGUAAUUGAACUACAAAUUCAAACUAUAAAUUUCCUUGCUUUCCCA